CGUGCGGGGCGCGGGCUGGGUGCGGGCGGGCGGUGCGGCUCCGGGGCCGGGCGGCGGCGGCGGCAUGGCGGAGAGCGAGGCCGAGACCCCCAGCACGCCCGGCGAGUUCGAGAGCAAGUACUUCGAGUUCCACGGCGUGCGGCUGCCGCCCUUCUGCCGCGGGAAGAUGGAGGAGAUCGCCAACUUCCCGGUGCGGCCCAGCGACGUAUGGAUCGUCACCUACCCCAAGUCCGGCACGAGCUUGCUGCAGGAGGUGGUCUACCUGGUGAGCCAGGGGGCCGACCCCGACGAGAUCGGCCUGAUGAACAUCGACGAGCAGCUCCCGGUCCUGGAGUACCCGCAGCCGGGCCUGGACAUCAUCAAGGAACUGACGUCUCCCCGCCUCAUCAAAAGCCACCUCCCCUACCGCUUCCUGCCCUCCGACCUCCACAACGGCGACUCCAAGGUCAUAUACAUGGCUCGGAACCCCAAGGACCUGGUGGUGUCCUAUUACCAGUUCCACCGCUCCCUGCGGACCAUGAGCUACCGGGGCACCUUCCAGGAGUUCUGCCGGCGGUUCAUGAAUGACAAGUUGGGCUACGGCUCCUGGUUCGAGCACGUGCAGGAGUUCUGGGAGCACCGCAUGGACUCCAACGUGCUCUUCCUCAAGUACGAAGACAUGCACCGGGACCUGGUGACGAUGGUGGAACAGCUGGCCAGAUUCCUGGGGGUGUCCUGCGAUAAGGCCCAGCUGGAGUCCCUGAUCGAGCACUGCCCACUGGUGGACCAGUGCUGCAACGCCGAGGCCCUGCCCGUGGGUCGGGGACGAGUCGGGCUCUGGAAGGACAUCUUCACUGUCUCCAUGAACGAGAAGUUCGACCUGGUGUAUAAACAGAAGAUGGGGAAGUGUGACCUCACGUUUGACUUUUACCUAUAGCAGCAGCAACAGCAAACUUGCAUGCUCGCAGUACCCAGACACUAUAGCUCAAGUCCCGUGUGCACCCAUCUGUUACUUGCUGGGCAAACUGGAAGCGGCGCGCGACACCGGGGAGGGAGGGAGACGGCCGGGAGGCCGCGGGGAGUGGGCUUCUCUCCGUCCGGAGCAGCCGCCUCGGCUUUGGAGUUCGGCGUCCGCACGUCUGAUCACAGAGAUGGCGCUUCUGAUGGCCUGGACCAUGCCUGUCACGCCUGUGACAUAUGCAACUAGAAUGUCUACCUUUUACAACCCACAUGACUUACUGUAUUUUAUAGAGCUUUUCACGGGAAAUCUAAAUAAAUGUCAGUCAACCAAAUAAAAGUUCAUUUCCGAGGGACUCAGGAGCGAGCCGCACCCGAACGGUAGAAAGGUCUCAGGGUGGACUCUUCGUUUUUGUAGUUUUAGUCCAUAAGGCACAGCCACUCGGUUCUCGCCUGGUCGUGAGACGCAGGUGAGGACGAGGACGAGUCGGGUGUGGGGCUAGUUCUCAGCUGCCCUGAGCCCGCGGCUCCGGGCGGGACAGGCGCCCGAUGGAGGCGGCGACCAGAGCGCCUGCCACGGAGGCGCUGAGGACACUCGGCGUCUGAGAUUUGUUCAAGGUCUCGAUUUUGUUCCCUGAAGCAGAAACGGGCGUAUGCUUCGAGCAGAUGCCUGGUAGUAACUUCUAGAACGUCUGGGUCUCUCUCGUUCUGUUGUUCCACCUCAGCUGGCUCUCCCGAGACCCGAUGGGCGAGUUUAGUGCCAGACUGGGCUGGCGGUGUCACCUUUGUUCUGUUCUGUCCGCCCCACACCUGGCUGGAUCGGAAGGGGCAGAGUUGGGCUCUCUUGGGCCACCGCCCGCUUCACCAGCUGACCCAUAUUUGGCUGGAGGGGCAAUGGGGAGAUGGCCAGGAGAGAGCAGGACCAGUAGCCGGUCUGAGCUGCAGUGGGGAGGGCUGUCCUGCUCUUUGCAUGGCUGGGAAGCGCCGAAGUGGCGGUUGGAGCGGUCGCCGUCUUUGCUCUGUGCGCUGCUGUCCCCUUUGGAAAGUGCAGGUGUGCGCUUGCUCCUUGUCGAGAGCAGCUUGAACGGGCAGGUGGCCUGCGGCGCCACGUGGUGGGCUUGGCGGCACCUGUCCUGAGUAUCUGCGAGGGAGGCUGCUUCCUGUGGAAUUUCUUUUCUACUUUUCUAUUCUUAGUACUGUAUGGAUGUUGCCGAGCACCACGCGUGAUGCUUCUGUGCUGCUUGCAUCUUUAAUAAAGACGCGUCCCAUGU